UUGCUGUCGCCGCAUCCACCACCGCCGGCGGCCUGCGCGGCGUCGGUGCCUGAGGGCGGCGGGCGCCAUGGCGGCCGAGGCCCUGGCGACGAAGGCCGUGGCUUCGCGCCUGGAGCGGCAGGAAGAAGACAUCCGCUGGCUGUGGGCAGAGGUCCAGCGCCUGAAGGACGAACAGCUGAGCGCGCACGACCGGUGCCAGGCCGAGGGGCCGUGCCUCACGCGGGAGGUGGCGCAGCUCCGGGCUGAGAACCGCGACCUGCGCCACCGCCUCUACCGCCUGCGGCUGUGCCUCGCCGAGGAGCUGAGCCACCAGGCCAAGAGGGAGAGCGCGGCGCGGGCGGCGGCGGCCCCGGGCGCGCGGUCUCCUUCUAGUCAAAACCAAGAAAAGAACACUGAAAAGAAAAUGACGGAAAGCUGGCCCAAGAGUGAGGUGAAACAUCAACCAGAUUUCAUAAAAGAAAGAUUGAAGCUUUUUGAAAUAUUGAAGAAGGAUCAUCAGCUCUUACUUGCCAUUUCUGAAGAAAAGAAGAAUACAAGCAAGGCAAUCACAGUAAGAGUGGCAGAUCGGGGAACAGUGCAAGGGGAACUUUGGAAAACAACACCUUAUCAAGUGGCUGCUGAAAUGAGUCAAGAACUGGCUGAAAACACAGUAAUAGCCAAAGUAAAUGGUGAAUUAUGGGACCUGGACCGCCCUUUGGAAGGGGAUUCUACCCUAGAGCUGCUUCUGUUUGAUAAUGAGGAAGCUCAAGCUGUGUACUGGCACUCCAGUGCUCACAUUCUUGGGGAGGCCAUGGAACUUUACUAUGGAGGCCACCUGUGCUAUGGUCCACCCAUUGAAAAUGGAUUUUAUUAUGACAUGUUCAUUGAAGACAGAGCAGUGUCCAGCACAGAAUUGUCAGCACUGGAGAACAUAUGUAAAACCAUCAUUAAAGAAAAGCAACCUUUUGAAAGAUUAGAAGUCAGCAAGGAAAUCCUCCUUGAAAUGUUUAAGUACAAUAAAUUUAAAUGCCGCAUCCUGAAUGAGAAGGUUAACACUCCAACUACCACAGUUUACAGGUGUGGUCCACUAAUUGACCUUUGUAAAGGCCCCCAUGUAAGACACACUGGAAAAAUAAAAGCCAUAAAAAUUUUCAAGAAUUCCUCAACAUAUUGGGAGGGCAAUCCUGAAAUGGAAACGUUGCAGAGGAUCUAUGGGAUAUCCUUUCCUGAUAAUAAGAUAAUGAAAACCUGGGAAAAGUUCCAAGAGGAAGCCAGGAACCGAGAUCACAGGAAAAUUGGGAAGGAACAAGAACUUUUCUUCUUCCAUGAUCUGAGUCCUGGAAGCUGUUUUUUUCUUCCCAGAGGAGCCUUCAUUUAUAAUACACUUAUGGACUUCAUACGAGAGGAAUAUCACAAGCGCAACUUCAGGGAAGUGCUCUCUCCCAAUAUGUACAACAGUAAACUCUGGGAAGCCUCAGGCCACUGGCAACAUUACAGUGAGAACAUGUUUACUUUUGAGAUUGAAAAGGACACUUUUGCCCUCAAACCCAUGAAUUGCCCAGGGCACUGUCUGAUGUUUUCCCAUCGUCCACGAUCUUGGAGGGAAAUGCCUAUUAGAUUUGCUGAUUUUGGAGUACUUCAUAGAAAUGAACUGUCAGGAACUUUAAGCGGCUUGACCCGAGUCAGGCGCUUCCAGCAAGACGACGCUCACAUCUUCUGCACAGUGGAACAGAUUGAAGAAGAAAUAAAGGGGUGUUUGCAGUUUUUGCAGUCUGUUUACUCGACAUUUGGCUUCUCCUUCCAAUUAAACCUGUCAACAAGGCCUGAAGACUUCCUAGGAGAGGUUGAGAUGUGGGAUGAGGCUGAAAAGCAACUACAGAAUAGCUUGCUGGAAUUUGGAGAACCAUGGAAAGUGAACCCAGGGGAUGGAGCAUUUUAUGGCCCUAAAAUUGAUAUAAAAAUCAAGGAUGCUAUUGGCAGAUACCAUCAAUGUGCUACAAUUCAGCUGGACUUCCAACUGCCUAUUAGAUUUGAUCUCACAUAUGUUAGUAAGGAUGGGGAUGAUAAGAGACCUGUGAUCAUUCAUCGAGCCAUUUUGGGAUCAGUGGAAAGAAUGAUAGCCAUUCUCUCAGAAAACUAUGGAGGGAAAUGGCCUUUCUGGCUGUCUCCUCGUCAGGUAUUGAUUAUCCCUGUGGGGCCAACUUGUGAAGAAUAUGCACUCCAGGUAUCCAAUGAAUUUUUUGAGGAAGGAUUCAUGGCUGAUGUUGACUUAGAUCAUAGUUGUACACUAAAUAAGAAAAUACGGAAUGCUCAGCUGGCUCAGUAUAAUUUUAUUUUGGUGGUUGGAGAAAAGGAAAAGAUAAAUAAUGCUGUAAAUGUUCGGACAAGAGACAACAAAAUUCAUGGAGAGAUUUUGGUAACUUCUGCCAUUGCUAAAUUAAAGAAUCUCAAGAAAUCACGUACACUACAUGCUGAGGAAGACUUUUGAAGCCCUUUCCUUGUAGUUGCUCCUAUGUAACUUUGUUUUGACAUUUGGAAAUGUAUUUUUCUUAACUAGUUAACAUAUUGGUACUUUGAAGAACUUUGGACCCACUGAUGGGUCUGCUUGUGGCCUAGUUAGAAAAGGGAACAAUGAACGAGUAGCUGGUAUAUAUACAACAUUCAGUUCAGUAGUGUGCUCUGAGGACAAUAAGAGGAUCAACUUGGGAAACGUUCAAGCAGUCAAUGCCUUGAGUGACUUAAAUGGGGAAACAUUAUUCUUUGAAAGAAGGAAACACUAGGAAAUAAGGACUGUGGCUUGUUAUUGCUAAGAUUUGUGAUUUUCAGAAGAUGGGCUUCAAAUAAAAGUCUGCAAAGCUUUUUUGAA